AUGUCCACGCCUGACGCUCAUCCCCGCGUCGGCGUCGCCGUGUUCAUCCUCCAUCCGGUGGACGUGGACACCGACAUUGAUCCUGUUCGUGGUACUGAUGUUAACGCCAACGCCGACGCCGACGCCAACAGUGUCAGAACACAGCCCAUCAACCACAACCAGCCCGAGACCCAAUGUCCAUCGCAACCCCAAUCUCAAUCUCAGGCCUCUUCUUCGCCUUCCUCAUCUUCAACCAAGACGUACUCGUGCAAGUUCAUCCUCGGCAAACGUCUCGGCUCCCACGGCGCCGGCACGUGGGCCCUCCCCGGCGGACACCUCGAGUUCGGCGAGUCCUUCGAGGACUGCGCUGCGCGGGAAGUCAUGGAAGAGACGGGCCUCGACGUGGCCGACGUGAAGUUCUUGACCGCGACAAAUGAUGUCAUGCUCGUGCCGGAUGUCGUGCCGUUUGGGAGGGCACCAGGGGGAGUUGGAGCGGAGGCCGAAGCAGAGGCAGGCGCGGCGAGUGGCGUGGCCCUGGACGCUGACGCUGACGCUGACGCUGACGCCAGAAAUCAAGGGAAGCAUUACGUGACCAUCUUUAUGACUGCUCGCGUGAAGUCCGGCGGUCCAGGGCAAGGGCAAGGGCAAGGGCAAGGGCACAGGAUGAGUUCCGGCACCGACAUCAGCACCGAUACCCCUACCGGCACUAGCACCAGAACCAGCACGAGCACGAGCACGAGCACUAGGAUAAGCACAGGCGGAGGCCAGCAGUUUCCCGAGGCAAAACUUCUCGAGCCAGACAAAUGCGCGGGAUGGGAGUGGGUCUCAUGGCACGAUCUGCUGAGGUGGGCGGCGCCUCAGCUUCGAAGUGGAUAUCUCCCGGAGGGAGGUAAGAAGGGGGCGGCGGCGCCACGAGACAUAUUCACGGAGGGAGGUAAGAAGGGGGCGGCGGCGCCACGAGACAUAUUCACGGAAGCAGAUACGGCGGCAGAUACGGGGGCAGAUGCAGAUGGAGAUGCAGAACCGGGAGGCCCAAAGAAUGGUCCAAGGACGUUAUUCUCGCCCAUGAUCGCGCUUCUGGUCCAGCGUCCUGGUGUUGUACCGUCUCUGGCGUAG